AUAUCCAUCAACACAUAAUAAACAGGAAAAAUAGACUAGAUAUGAAGAUCUUAAAGACCUCUUUGCUAAUGCUGAUUUUUCUUGCGGUCACGUUAUGUUUCUUGCGAGCCAAGUCACAAGGAGUUUACUGCAGCAACCCUUAUGAACGAUGCUUCCAAAAGUACAUAUUGUGUCCGCAAGAAUGUCCCACCACCGGUGCUGCAAACUCUAUGAACAGAGUCUGUUACGUAGACUGUAGUAAACCUCUCUGCAACUCCGAGUGUCGCAGAUUGGGUCCAAACUGCUAUAAACCUGGAUCGGCCUGUCACGACCCGAGGUUCAUAGGUGGUGAUGGGAUUGUGUUCUACUUCCACGGAAAGAGCAAUGAACAUUUUAGCCUUGUCUCGGACCCUGACUUUCAGAUCAAUGCUAGGUUCACUGGCCACAGACCCGUUGGUCGUUCUAGAGACUUCACUUGGAUACAAGCUCUUGGCUUCCUCUUCAACUCUCAUAAGUUAUCCCUGGAAGCCACCAAAGUCGCCACUUGGGACAGCGGCAUCGACCAUCUCAGAUUCUCUUUCAACGGCCAAGAAUUAGUUAUCCCUGAGGAAACACUCUCCACAUGGUAAUUAAUAGCCAAAUAUCAUGUUUUAUUGAAACCAAUUUUGAAGUUUGCAUUAACAUACGAAAAAAAUACUUUAAAAUUUU